GUAUCCUUCUAUACAGAUAUAAACAAAAAUAAUAAAAUCCAUAAAUUCGAUUCAAUAAAAAAAAAUAUAGCAAAAAAUAACCCAAAUAUCCAAAAUAAAAACACAAUCUUCCUCCCAAUCUUCUUCAUUCCCCAUUUUCCUCUUCUCCACUCUCUUCUUCUUCUCUUCACAACACUAUCAACUAAACUUAUUUUUCAUUUUUUUUAUAUUCAGUUUCUUGAAUUAGUAUGAAGUAAAUGAAAACACAACUAAACUUCUUCUUCUCAGAAGAAGAUAAUGUCUCACCAUUAUCAAGAACAAGAACAACUAGAAGCACAAAAGAUUCCAUUUUUAUUAGAUUCACUUUACUGUGAAGAAAAUAUACUCACUGAAGUAUCAAUAGAGACAGAGAGUUUUUCCUCACAUGAUUUGUUAUGGGAAGAAGAAGAACUUACCUCUCUGUUUUCUAAAGAAACAGAGUAUAAAAUAAGCUACAAUGUGUUAGAAAAAAACCAGUGUUUUAUUUCAUCAAGAAGAGAAUCAGUUGAAUGGAUACUCAAAACAACUGCUUAUUACUCUUUUUCUGCUCAAACUGGAUUUCUUGCAGUUAAUUACUUUGAUAGAUUUCUGUUAUCUAGUUUUAAUCAGUCUCUGAAUCAUAAGCCAUGGAUGAAUCAACUUGUUGCUGUGACUUGUCUUUCAUUAGCUGCUAAAGUUGAAGAAACUGAUGUUCCUCUGCUUCUUGACCUUCAAGUUGAGGAAUCAAGAUUUUUGUUUGAAUCUAAAACAAUACAGAGAAUGGAGAUGCUGAUUCUGUCUACACUUAAAUGGAAGAUGAAUCCAGUAACCCCAUUUUCAUUUCUUGAUUUUAUAACUAGAAGACUUGGAUUGAAGUACUGUUUAUCCUUGGAAUUUCUGAGGAGAUGUGAGAAAGUGCUUCUUUACACAAUUACUGAUGAUAGAUUCAUUGGUUACCUUCCUUCUGCAAUGGCAUCUGCCACAAUGUUGCAUGUUCUUGAUAGGCUUAAGCCUUGCAUUGGAGAAAAGUACCAACAUCAACUUUUGGGCAUUCUUGGAAUUGUCAAGGAGAAGGUGGAAGAAUGUUACAGGCUAAUACAAGAAGUGGCUUGCAACAUUGACUUUGAUUCAAAUAAGAGAAAGUUUGGGACAUUACCAGGGAGUCCAACAGGGGUUAUGGAUAUGUCAUUUAGCUCAGAUUACUCCAAUGACUCAUGGUCAGUGGCUACAUCAGUUACCUCUUCACCAGAGCCAUUGUCCAAGAAGAUUAGGGAGUCAAGUGAAUGACUAAUUAAAUGUCUUUUAAAUAUUUCCUUAUUAAUAGACUAGUUAUUAGUAUUAUUAUUAGAUAUGUAUAAUGUCCAAUAACAGUGAUCCACUUGUCUCUUAGCUUAUGUAUUAGUAAUUAAGUUCUUGUUUAUUCACAUGUUAAUUUUGCUUACAUUUAAAAAUUCAAACCCCCUUUUGACAAUUAUCACAGCUAGCUAGCUAAUGGACCAUUUGUUUAAUGGUGUACUGUCUAUAGUGGGGCUAUGAGAUUUUGUACUAGUAAAAAGAUGGUUUGGCAUUUUAUUCCAAGGAAAUAAAAACUUGCAUGAAAAACA